GGCCGGGCCCAGUCUCUAACGGUCGACGGGAGCGGACCGGCGGUUCAUCAUGGGUGGCUUUUUCUCAAGCAUUUUUUCCAGUCUGUUCGGGACCCGGGAAAUGAGGAUUUUAAUUUUGGGAUUAGAUGGAGCAGGAAAAACUACAAUUUUGUACAGAUUACAGGUUGGAGAAGUCAUUACCACUAUUCCUACCGUAGGAUUUAAUGUUGAGACGGUAACACACAAGAACCUAAAAUUCCAAGUCUGGGAUUUAGGAGGACAGACAAGUAUCAGGCCAUACUGGAGAUGUUAUUAUUCAAGCACAGAUGCAGUCAUUUAUGUAGUAGACAGUUGCAACCGAGACCGAAUUGGCAUUUCCAAAUCAGAGUUAGUUGCCAUGUUGGAGGAAGAAGAGCUGAGAAAAUCCAUUUUAGUGGUGUUUGCAAAUAAGCAGGACAUGGAACAGGCUAUGACUCCCUCAGAGAUGGCAAAUUCACUUGGGUUACCUGCCUUGAAGGACCAAAAAUGGCAAAUAUUCAAAACUUCAGCGACCAAAGGCACUGGCCUUUAUGAGGCAAUGGAAUGGUUAGUUGAAACAUUGAAGAGCAGACAGUAAUUCAAUCACUUCUGCUUCUCUGAAACGAAAACCACAUCAGAUAUCCCUUUGGAAACAGUUAAGUGUGCUUCACACUGCUAAAUGUUAAAUCUGUAUGGCUGUCGGCAAAUACCGA